AUGCUUGCAUUCAAACCAUCACAACAAAAGACAAGCAUGUCAUCUCCUUUCCACCAUCGUUCUUCUUCGCCCUCUUCUCCUCCUUCACCAACUGUCACACGAAAUUCCUCUCUGAACAGAAUUAGUGGUGGAAUGAGUGGUGUCACUAACACCACCACCACCACCUUGAUAACCACAAACUCCUCACCCAGUGGUGAAUUCUCCAAUGUUUCCGAUCUCCUCAAAACGUAUAACAACUUUGAAAGUUUUAUUCAACAAAACGAUGGCAAGCAACGAUUGAAAGAGUAUUUAGAGUCGUCACGAAAUGAAGAACAAUUAUUAUUUGUAGAGAUCAUGGAACCUUACAUGGCUGUUUUGAAUCCUAAAGUCUCUUGUUCAACAUUUCCUACAAACAACAACAACAACAAUAAUGGAAAGACCAGUGUUGAUGUGUCUCUCAACUCACUGACUGAGAAUGACAUUGAAUGGUCAUCUUCCAAUGAAAUUAUUAUGGAAAGUGUGAAAAAUGUUUCUCGUCGUCGACGUCCAUCCCACCACCAAUACAACCCCCAACACCCCCAACACCCCUACAACCACCACCACCACUCUCUUGUUCAACCUUCUUCUUCUUCUUUGAUUCAACAAGAGGAUGAUUCUCCACAUUGGACAUUCUUGGAUUUAUGUAAAAUAGUUUUCACACAAUUCUUACAAGAUGAUUCUCCUUAUGAAUUGAAUGUGAGCUCCAAAUUGAAAGCAAGUGUGAAAAAGGCAUUAAUUUCGAAUUCUGAAGAAGAAGCCAAAAAAAGUCUCAAAUCUCUCUAUCAUCAAGUGUUGUCUCAAAUGAAAGAAGAAGCAUUUAAACAUUUACGACAAAGUGAAGAUUUCAAAAUUUGGGUUCUCUCCAAGGCCAUUGAUUUCUCUCAAAAAGCAGAACAACAUUCCGUUCAAUCCUUUCUUGAAGAGAAUGAAAUGGCAGAAAAUUGGUCUCUCUUCAAAAAGAAGAAACUCUUUGUCAUGAAAGAUAUUCGAGACAUGACGGAAGAAGAUUUUCGAAAAUUGGGUGUGAAAAAGUUGGGUCAUGUGAAACGAUUGGUGAGAAGAACGAUGGAACAUUUUUCGUCUGCUACAACGACUACUGUACAGCAAUAA